GGCGCCCAGUCCCCGCCCCCCAAGAUGGCGGCGCCCAGUCCCCGCCCCCCAAGAUGGCGGCUCCCGCCUCGGGGCUGCCUUUCCGUACAGCUCCCCGCCCGUAAGGGGGGGACGAGGCCGGGCCGGGCGCGGGUUUCUCGCCGCUGGUGCCCCCCUCCCUGAGCGGCGGCGGAAGCGGGGGGAGGCGGGCGCCAUAUUGAGCAGGCCGCGGUCCUUCCCAAGAUGGCGGCGCCCACUGUGCAGAGGGGCGGCGGGGCGGAGAGGCAGAGGGCCCCGAUGGCCGCCCCGGCCCCGGGCGGGGGCCCCCCCGGCGCCCCCCCCGCGCUGCAGCCGCGCUGGCGGCGGGUGGUGGGCUGGUCGGGGCCCGUCCCCCGCCCCCGGCACGGCCACCGCGCCGUCGCCAUCAAGGAGCUCAUCGUCGUCUUCGGCGGCGGCAACGAGGGCAUCGUGGACGAGCUGCACGUCUACAACACCGGUGGGCGCGGGGGGGGGGCACAAA